ACGGGAAUACGCCAAACGCGUCUGUAUUGUGAAAUUAGAUUAUUUUGUGAGUGUAAACAAUGAUAGAAAUGUUUGAAAGUGAGAAAAAAAUGGCACAAUAAAAUAACAAAAGAUCAACUCAAACGAUUUGAAAAAAAGUACAUCGUUUAAAAGCAAGAUAAAAGCAGUAAAGGUAAAAAAAGAAGAAGAAUAAAUGAAAUAUUUUUUUUAGUUAAAAAGACAAAGCUCCUUAAACAUAUCAAAAAAUGGAAUACAAACAAGCAGUAAACAGUGUCCUACAUUGGAACUACCGAGGUUUCACAGAAUUCCCUCUACACCGUCUACAAGGCGAUGAAGCCGAGAUAACAGAUAUAUAUUUAAAGGAAAAUUUAAUAUCCCGUAUACCCAGCGAUAUUGGUAGAUUGAACAACCUAGAGGGCUUAUAUCUAAGCGGGAAUGACAUCACGAAGUUACCGAGGGAGAUAUCAAAGUUGAGUCGCCUUAAGUGUUUGGACCUCAGCGGCAAUAGAUUACAAUUUAUACCGGACGAGAUCGGAGAAAUGAGGAGCCUAAAGUUUUUGAUAUUGGAUGAAAACGAGUUGCUUGAGCUACCGUUAAGGAUCGCUGAACUACGGAUGCUGCGAUAUCUUUCGGUUUGUGACAACCAAUUACAAUGGCUGCCUCAAAGACCUGUAUACAAUUACCAUCACUGUGAAUUGAGAUUCUGGCGAAACCGAAGCUUGGGUACGAUACCCUAUUCUCUGUGGUACCACAUGUUUAGAGGACAACAGACUCGCAGUCUUAACAUAGGGUGUUUUGGCAAUUUAUUGGGUGACGACACAAGCAACAAAGAUACAAUCGUACUACGAUUGGGGCCAAAUAACAAAGAACUCAAGAUGAGAGAAAUAAAUUUCCCAAGAAAAUAUGAACACAUUUUAAACAAAGAACUUACUGCACCGAGUCUAAUGGAACUGUGCAAGAGAAAAUUUUACCAAAUACUCGAUAAUGCUUCUAAGAGGCUAACCACAUCGCCCACUAUAAGUAUAUAUUCUGACGUAAAUUAUGACGAUACAACAGAAAACAAUAACAACAUCGGCAAUCUGCAAGAUUACUUCAAAGAGUUUAAUCUUAAUAAUGGAUUUGGUUCUAGAAGGAAUAUCAACGAAGAGUACUAUGAAAAAUGUAAAGGAGACACUAAAGUAGAUAAGCUGUUUAUUAAAACUAAAAUGAAGGGAUAUUGCGUGCCAUUCGACAUCGUUGAAGAGCAUUUUUAUUAUUUACCCAAAUUUCUAAAGGACGAGUUAUGCAAUGGACCUAUGUCGAGAUGUGAAAAUGUUAGCUGCAAGAAGGCUUUAUUCGAUUACGUCUAUUUAGAAUUUUGCUUAGAGAGACCCGGCCAGCUGAAGGAGGACAUAAUAAUGCACACCGGUCGCCAACACGUGAAGGACGUAGCGUUCCUAAAACAGAUGCCUCGCGCGUUGCUCCUGCAAAUCGGCAUUAACCUGCGCAUCGUCAUAUUCAUCGCUGGUGAUAUUAUAAUGAAGCUUAAUACUAUUGGUGAUUGUUUCUACUUCAUACAUAAGGGCACAGUAGCUAUUUACUCUGAAUCUGGAAAAGAGGUGUGUCAUUUGGAAGACGGAGAUAUUGCUCUAGUAAUGAAGCACAGAUUAUGUAAAGCAUUCGCUGUUGCUGUUACAAACUGUGAGCUCUUCCAACUAGAUAGAGCGGAUUUUGAAAGCUCUGUAGCAUCCUACCCCACUGUAUAUGAGGAUAUUAAGAAAAUAGCUACGGAUAGACUAGAAAGGACUCAAGUUUGAGACGAACGCCAUAAGACUGAGAUGAAAAUUAAGACGGGAAGACCUAUUGAUAGUAAUACUAUUUAGUUAAUUGUACCGACUGAGCCAAUUAUUAGGUCACUUGUAUUACUCUGUCCCAUCUUGUGAUGAAAGAUAUUAAAGUCACAGGAAAUACAUUAAAGCAGUAUGGUAGCU